AUGUUUAGAAGUGAAGAUGUAAGCAUGGUGCGAGUGUACAUCUCGCCCGACAUAGCCAGGAAUGCGCUGGAAGAGCUCGGACAGAGAGACAUCCUGCACCUGGUGGCUCCAGCAGACAAAAAGCGAGAAAAAACAGAGCACUGCAUUGAAAUGGAAAAAAUUCUGGCGAGAAUUGUAUUUCUAACACAAGAGCUGAAAAAGAACAAAAUAUCGCAGGUGAAGGGAUCCAACAUCCCCCCGCUGCACAUGACGAUAGAAAAGCUGUCAGACUCCAUCAAAAAGCACUACUACAGGGUGGUGCAGCUUUCGCAGAUAAAGAAAAGCACAGGAGAGGCGGUUGAAAAGAUGCAGGAGGACGUGACAGUUCUGCAGGAUCUGGAGAGAAUAUCCACAGAAGGCCUGAAAGACCUCGACUUUGACUCAGAUAGAAGCUCAAAAGUAGGCCUUGAGUACGUGGCAGGCGUGAUUUCCAAGGAGCAGAUCAACACUCUUGAAGAGUUUUUGUGGAAGUCUCUCCACGGCAAUCUUUGUUUUGUUUCCGUGGAGAUGGCCACUCCGAAGAAAAUGGGGUUUAUUUGCUUCACGCAUGGAGAGCGUGCGAUUGAAAGAAUAAGAAACAUAUGCACAAAGGUGGAUGCAAGAAUAGUGAGGUACGAGAACCAAAAAACAGAAAAAAAAGAGGGCGAUCUGCUGAGCUUGUCCUCAAAUCUGUCCCAGCUGACAAAAAUGCACCAGAUAAACACCGAAACUUUUUCAGCAGAGAUAAAAACAAUAUCGCGAGAGGUGUUCGUCUGGAAGUACUACAUCAUCCGGGAGAUAGAGAUAGAAACAGCUCUGGCAAAGCUGGAAAUAAACAAAGAGAACUCGUAUCUGAUGGGAGAGGGGUUCAUUUUGAAGAGAAAUGAAGAGAGAUUCGGGCAGCUGAUAAAGAAGAUAGGAGAGGCCCACGGGGAUGUAGCAGCUGAGAUCAUCCCCAGCACAGAAGAAGUGGUAAAGCCAACGUAUUUUGAAACCACGCCAAUCACAAAGUGUUUCCAAAACCUGACAAAUGUCUACGGCAUUCCUGCGUACAAGGAGAUAAACCCAACGAUAUUCUCCAUCAGCACCUUCCCUUUCCUUUUCGGAGCAAUGUUCGGUGACAUAGGACACGGGCUGAUUUUGAUCGCAGUGGGGAUGUACUUCAUCAGAAAAGAAAAAGUGCUGACAAUACCUGAAUUUUUAGAAAUAAUAUUUGAUGCAAGAUAUCUCCUGGUUUUCAUGGGAGUGUGGUCAGUGUACUUUGGGUUCCUGUACGCAGACUUUAUGGGGUGCUCAUUUGGCCACUAUCUAUCAGCUUACGACAGCUAUGGGCAUAAACAAGGAAACUGCUUAUUUGGGAUAGACCACAUAUGGCACACAGCGGCAAAUGGCCCCUCGUUUAUCAACUCGCUGAAAAUGAAGACAAGCGUGGUGAUUGGAUUCUGCCAUCUUCUGCUGGGAAUGGUUCUGAACGUCAUAAAUGCCAGGUACAACAAAGACAGAGCCAGAAUAUACGGAGUGAUCAUUCCGCAGAUAAUAAUAUUCAUGGGGCUCAUAGGAUACAUGAUAUUCCUAAUACUCCUCAAAUGGAAUACGCCCAAGCCGUCAUGGCCCGGGAUUAUUGCAGUGAUUAUUGAGAUGGUUUCAUUCAGGGAAGUAGCAGAAGAGCUGUACCCAGCACAGAACAUCAUCCAAAAGGGAAUUAUGACGGUAGUGCUUAUGGCGUUCCCUGUCAUGCUCCUAUCAGAGCCGAUCUACCGAAUGGCCACAAAAACAGUUCCAGCGAAGAGCUCCAUGGCGGACGUGUGGCUGCAUUCUUUCAUCGAGGGAAUUGAGUUUUCAAUGGGGCUGAUAUCAAAUAUCUCCUCGUAUCUAAGGCUGUGGGCUGUUUCACUGGCACACGCUGAGCUAAGCGCGAUUUUAUUCACAAAAACCAUAGGGAAUACGAGCAUAGACAUUCCCCUUAGAUUGGCUCUUUCUGUUAUCUGGGUGCUAGGCACUUUUAUCCUUCUUAUUUGCCUGGAGGGGCUGAGUGCCACGCUGCACAGUCUGAGGCUGCACUGGGUGGAGUUUGGCUCGAAGUUCUUCAAAGGAGAGGGAACCCUUUUCAGUCCGUUUACGUUCAAGCCUUCUAUUCUCCUGGACCAGGAAAGACCGCCAGGUGGCGAGGUUGAAUAA